GCCCUCACUGACCUGUGCAUGGGGCUGUCCACAGUGCACACAGUGCUGGGGAUCCUGUGGGGGUUCAGCCAGGAAAUUGGUCUGAAUGCCUGCAUUUCACAGGCUUACUUUAUCCAUGGGCUUUCUGGCACAGAGUCUGGAGUCCUUCUUGCCAUGGCCUUUGAUCGCUUCACUGCCAUCUGCAAUCCUCUGAGAUACACAUCCAUCCUGACUAACAGUAGAGUCAUUCCUUUCAUGGUGGCCAUUUUGAUGAGGGCAGCUGUGUCCAUUCUCCCUAUCAUUCGUUUGAAGAUCUUCCAUUACUGCCGCCCCCACAUCCUCUCCCACUCUUUCUGCCUGCACCAGGACCUGCUCAGGCUCGCCUGCUCUGACAUUCACUUCAACAGCUUCUAUGCCCUGGCUCUGGUGAUCUGUACCUUGUUGUUAGAUGCUGUGCUUAUUCUCAUCUCCUAUGUCUUUAUCUUACAUACAGUGCUGGCAAUUGCCUCUCAUGAGGAGAGGCUUAAGUCCUUACAGACCUGUGUGUCCCACCUCUGUGCUGUCCUGGUCUUUUACAUCCCCAUCAUUGGCCUCACCAUGGUGCACCGCUUUGGAAAGCAUCUCUCCCCUUCAGUUCAUGUCCUCAUGGGCAACAUCUACAUUCUCUUUCCACCCCUCAUGAAUCCAAUCAUCUACAGUGUAAAGACCCAGCAGAUCCAAAGCAGG